AUGCUGCUGCUGGCAGACAUGGACGUGGUGAAUCAGCUGGUGGCCGGGGGUCAGUUCCGGGUGGUCAAGGAGCCCCUUGGCUUCGUGAAGGUGCUGCAAUGGGUCUUUGCCAUCUUCGCCUUUGCCACAUGCGGCAGUUACACCGGGAAGCUCCGGCUGAGCGUAGAGUGUGCCAACAAGUCCAAGAGUGAUCUCAGCAUCGAGGUUGAAUUCGAGUACCCUUUCAGGCUGCACCAAGUGUACUUUGAUGCACCCACCUGCCGAGGGGACACUGACAAAGUCUUCCUGGUAGGAGACUACUCCUCAUCGGCCGAAUUCUUUGUCACAGUGGCCGUUUUUGCCUUCCUCUACUCCAUGGGGGCUCUGGCCACCUACAUCUUCCUGCAGAACAAGUACCGAGAGAAUAACAAAGGACCUAUGAUGGACUUUCUGGCCACGGCAGUGUUCGCCUUCAUGUGGCUGGUUAGCUCAUCAGCAUGGGCCAAGGGGCUGUCAGAUGUGAAGAUGGCCACUGACCCAGAGAACAUUAUCAAGGGGAUGUCUGUCUGCCACCAGACAGGGAAUACGUGCAAGGAGCUGAGGGACCCUGUGACCUCUGGCCUCAACACUUCAGUGGUGUUCGGCUUCUUGAAUCUGGUGCUCUGGGUCGGCAACUUGUGGUUCGUGUUUAAGGAGACAGGCUGGGCUGCCCCAUUCAUGCGCGCACCCCCCAGCGCCCCCGAGAAGCAACCAGCGCCUGGAGACGCCUAUGGCGAGGCGGGCUACGGGCAGGGCCCCGGCGGGUACGGGCCCCAGGACUCCUACGGGCCCCAGGGCGGCUACCAGCCCGACUACGGGCAGCCAGCCGGCAGCGGUGGCGGUGGAUACCCACAGGGAGACUAUGGGCAGCAAGGCUACGGCCCUCAGGGUGCGCCCACCUCCUUCUCCAAUCAGAUGUAGUCUGGUCAGUGCAGCCCGGGAGGACCCCAUGGGUGGGCAAGAGCUCAGAAGCCCUGCCCCCCUUCCCACCCCUACACCCCAGGUCUCCGCCCCUCAAGCCAGGAGACUCUAACUCUCUUUGCUGUUUAUAUAUAUAUAUAUUAUAUAUAAAUAUCUAUUUAUCUGUCUGAGCCCUGCCCCCACUCCACACCCCUCCUGCAUUAGGGGCCUGACAUUGAGUGGGCCCCUCUCCUACCCCCACCGCUUCCCUUGCAUCCCUUGGCCCCUCUCUGUUCCCUGGCCCUGUGCCCUGAGGUUGGGGGACUCCGAAAGGGAGACAGGGAAAAAACAAAUUUCAGCUAUGUGGGGAGGGUGGGUGUGACUUCAGACUCUCUCCCCUCUCUCCCUUCCCUCCUCCCAACUUGGCCUGGAUUCUUCCAGCAAUGUCUGGACAGGGGCCAUUAGGGGAAAUUCAACCCUGAGAGGGGAGAAAGGCAGACUCGGGGACUUGAGAUGCAAGGUGGACUUGGAGAGGAGCUCUGGGGUGGAGAGGACUAGUCAGCCAUACUGGAUCUGGAGUCAGAAGAAGAGGGAUGCCUUAGAGCAUUCUGGAGUGGGGCUUGAAAGGAGGCUGAGGCUGUGGUUCUAGAAUGGGUGUAGCUUUGAGUGAGGCGCGGGUUGGGCCCCAAGAGUGGGCAGGGUUUGGAGUAGGACAGGAUUUUGUGGAAGGAGUGUGACUUGGAACCUGGAGACUGUUUGGAAGAUCAUUGAAGGCAUGGUUCUAGAGGGGUGGGACCUGAAUCAAGUAGGGGGUGAGGCUCCAGAAUGGGCGGGUCUUGGGUUGGGACAGGUCUAUGGAAGGGGUGUAACUAGGAACAUUCAGGAGAAUGAGUUUGAUUGAUUCUAAAGGGGGCAAAUCUUGUGCAAGGCAAGAAGUGGGAUUCAGGAAUGGGCCAAGCUUGAGGUGAGGUCAUGGUCUGGGUUCUAGGCAGGGCAGGGCUUAGAGUGGGUGUUCAUGGUGGUUUCAGAAGGGGCAGCCCACCCUAAUGGAGCAGUGAAAAAAAAAUAUUUUAAAGUGGGCAAGUUUGCCAGUGCGGGGGGGGGGUGCGGGGGGGCAGGAAUAUCCCUGGCCAAAGCUGGGGACUGAAGUAGCCUGGGAGGAGCUGAGAGGUGUAGCUUGGAGGGUAAGGGGUGGGACCCAGAGAGAAGCAUCCCCCACACCCUUGCCCAGGCCCAUGAUGGGACAGCUAGGUAAUCAGAGGACAGAGCCAAUAGGUCUGUGGGGCCAGCCCACCCUUCUUCCCCUUUCCUUACCUCCUCCCUCCCUCCAUACACCCACCCAUCCCGGGGUGGCUAGAGACCCGGUCUGGAGUCCCUAUCCUGCACCCUCUGCUGUGUCUGUGACGUCGGUAGUGCCUGUGAUUGUGUGUUGCCAUUUUGUCUGGCUGUGGUCCCUCCCGCUCUCCUCCAGACGCCCACCCUUUUCCUUGCCCUUCGGUAUUGUUUGAAGACCUCCCCAAGGAAGAGCAAAUAGGAUUAAUUCUCCUCCCCUAAAUAAACUCCUCAACCACCUAGUCCACCCGGC